AUGCCUCCAGCCCCUGAAAACAAUUCACCACCCCCAAAACGACACACGCGUACCCCACGAAGUGGUGGUACGACUUCCAAUACCUCCGAAACCUAUGAGUCGUCCUCGGCCGAAAGAGCAACGCCAUCGUCUGCAGCCACCCGAGGCAGAAAACCGCAAACCCUAGCUUCCGGCCCGGCCCGGCCCGACCUGACCCAGCCUGAUCCCGAGUCCGAACCCAACUGUCCCCACGAACACCCCCGCCAGUUGUACCCCCGCGUGCAAAACCACGUGGGCCCCACGGCCCGCACGGGCCUCAAGUACCGGGCCAAGACCGCGCCCGUCGGGAGUAGCAACCCCCACGAGAUUGAAUUCGCGAUCCCGUGUGCGUACUUUAGUAGUAUAGGCGGAGGAGACGCGCGGGCCCCACCCUCGGAGGCCGUGAGAAGGUCGAGGGUCGUCGCUGACGAGAGGUCGUCUGGCGAGGUCGGGUGCAUCGCGGGCGAGUAG